AUGAAGUUCAACUCGGUUAUUUUCACCUUGGCGACGGCUGGCUCCCUCGUGGCCGGUCAGCACCACAACGCCCACCGUCAUCACCACAAGCGUACCGUGGACACUCAGGUCAUCGAGGCCAACGGCGCCACUGUUAUCCAGUUCGAAUAUCAAGGCCAAGUGGUCACCAGCGAGUGGGUGUGCAAGCAGAUCCAGGCCGGAAAGGUGAAGUAUGCAGAGGGCCAACCCAAAUAUGAUGCCUGCGAGCCUACCACCUCUUCCUCUACCACCUCUUCCUCUACCGCCGCUGCUGCUCCCACAGAAGCACCAGCUGAGUUUGUGGAGACUUCCUCCUCCGCCACUCCAGCUUCGUCCUCCAGCUCCUCAGCAACCUCUUCGUCCGCUGCUUCGUCGAGCACCCCCACUAAGUCGAGCAGCCCUGGUGCUACGGGCUUGGAUUCCGACUUCCCUGAUGGAGAGAUUGACUGCGGUACUUUCCCAUCUGCCUAUGGUGCCGUCGCUCUCAACUACCUGAACCUCGGUGGCUGGUCCGGUAUUCAGUAUGUAACCGUCUCUGGCAGUUUUGUGACCGAUAUUGUCACUGCUGUGAGUGGUGACAAGUGCAAGGAUGGAGCCAUGUGCUCGUACGCUUGCCCCGCUGGUUAUCAGAAGUCUCAAUGGCCCAGCACUCAGGGCUCUACCGGCCAGUCCGUUGGUGGCCUCCAGUGUAAGAAUGGCAAGCUCUACCUUACUAACCCCACACUCUCCAAGAAGCUUUGCAUUGAGGGCACUGGUGGUGUUCAUGCUCAGAACAAGCUCGGCGUGGAGAUUGCCAUUUGCCGUACCGACUACCCUGGUACCGAAGCUGAGACCAUCCCCCUGGCCCUUGGCGACAAUGAGCUUCAGCCCUUGACUUGCCCUAACGGCAACAAAUACUUCAAAUGGCAGGGCAAGGUUACCUCUGCUCAGUACUAUGUCAACCCCAAGGGCACCAGCACCGAGGAGGGCUGCCAGUGGGGUGACGGCUCCAAGCCUAUCGGUAACUGGGCUCCUAUCAACCUUGGUGUCGGUGAGAACAAUGGCAAGUGGCUUUCUAUUUUCCAGAACAGCCCCACCACUACCGUGAAGCUCAACUUCAACAUUAAGAUCCAGGGAGACAACCUCAGCGGGUCUUGUAAAUAUGAGAACGGCAAAUUCAUCUCUGAGGCCGGCACUAAUGACUCUGGUUGCACUGUCGAAGUGUUGUCUGGCGAGGCCACAUUUGUCUUCUAUUAA